AUGGCAGCCUUCCAGUACCAGCCAUUGGAUCGCUCCAGGAAAGAAAUCAGGCUCUUGAUACUAGAAGACCCACCCAAUCCUAGUAGAGCAAUUUUCCGAUCAACCACUUUGAAAUGCCGUAUGAUUCAUACGUCUUUGCGAUUUUCACCACGGCCAGACUAUUACGCGCUGUCUUAUGUCUGGGGAGAUCCUACCCCAGUUAUAAACAUUGAGAUCGACGGAAAGCACACCAAGAUCACGAAGAAUCUCGCCGAGGCUCUAGGAUCCAUUCAGAAAAACACAAAUUAUCAUGUGAUCUGGGCCGAUGCGAUAUGUAUCAACCAGGCAGACAAUGACGAAAAAGGCUGGCAGGUCCAGCAGAUGAUUGAGACAUACGCAAGAGCCCAUGCCGUCAUUGCAUGGCUCGGACAGUCGUUCAAUCACAGCGAUCGAGCCCUCCGCGAUCUGGAUGCCAUG